ACUCGCUUAAAUCUCGGAAUUUGUGUUCACAUCCAACACAAAUUCUCUUUAUACUGUCCCUUCAUUCUCGUCAACCCUUUUCUUUAUUCUUUUUCAGUCAAUUCAUCACUUUUAGUUAUAACUCUCCAAAACUGUAUCUGGGUUAGUCGUAUUUUUGCUAUUUAUUCCCUCCAUAGCUCGCAAAGUUUUGUUUUGCAAACGGGGUUUUGAUCCUUUUUUUGUUUUUUCAACUGGGUUUUUGGUGACUUAUUUUUGUGAAAAUAUGAUGAAUUUUAAGGAUUUUUGGACAAAGAAGAUAUUGGUGGGACUUGGUUUGGGACAAUUUCUUUCGCUUUUGAUUACUUCUACUGGCUUUGCUUCCUCUGAACUUGCUAGAAAAGGAAUUAAUGCGCCAACAUCGCAGUCAUUUCUCAACUAUGUGUUGCUAGCUAUUUUCUAUGGAAGUUACAUGCUUUACAGGAGGCAAUCACUUAAGGCAAAAUGGUAUUACUAUCUAAUUCUUGGGGUGGUUGAUGUUGAGGCCAAUUUUCUAGUGGUUAAGGCUUACCAGUACACUUCUCUAACCAGCGUCAUGCUAUUGGACUGUUGGUCAAUCCCAUCUGUGAUGGUUCUUACUUGGUUAUUCUUAAAGACAAAAUACAGAUUCAAAAAGAUAACUGGUGUGGUUGUUUGUGUGGCCGGGCUUGUCUUGGUUGUGUUUUCAGAUGUUCAUGCUGGUGACCGAACAGAUGGGAGCAACCCUCGUUUAGGAGAUGCACUUGUUAUAGCUGGGGCUACAUUGUAUGCCAUUAGUAAUGUCAGUGAGGAAUAUCUUGUGAAGAAUGCUGAUAGAAUUGAACUGAUGUCAUUUUUAGGCAUCUUUGGAGCCAUAAUCAGUGCUAUCCAAAUAAGCAUACUUGAGCGCAAUGAGCUCAAAUCUAUUCACUGGACAGCUGGGGCUUCUCUUCCCUUUUUCGGAUUUGCGUUGGCUAUGUUUCUGUUUUACUCGUUUGUUCCCAUCUUGCUGAAGAUUAGUGGAUCCACAAUGCUUAACCUUUCAUUGCUGACCUCAGACAUGUGGGCUGUUGUGAUUCGUAUCUUUGCUUAUCAUGAGAAGGUUGAUUGGAUGUACUUCAUUGCCUUCGCUGCUGUUGCUAUUGGGCUUAUUAUUUAUUCUGGAGGUGACAAAGAAGGGGAUCAACACUGUCGUGAUGUUGUCAAUGAAGAAGCCGAGAGAAGCAACAAGUAUUUUGAUGAGGAGGACAGUUCAGCAAAUUGCAGAGCUAUCGCUGGCAGCUCAGGGACGUCGAGAGACAUUGGAGAGAAGUAAUAAAGACUGAGAAUGGAGAAAAUCAAUGAUAUAUAGUGUUUGCUGGGAAUAGGGAAAGUAAAGACUGAUUGAUUAUAUACCACAAAGCGCUGCCACUCUCAAGGAAAGUGGAAAGCACUGUUGUGCCAUUCGAACGUGAUUCGAAUCCAAGUUAAACAAUAAAACAUUCUGGGGAAAUUGUAAAGGCAAAACAGUUAUUUUUGUUCUAAUGUCCUUUUGAUCUAAUUAUUUUUUCACCUGCCUCAAUCACAACGUAUGCUUUGCACAAAAUUAUUUUGUUGAACAAGGCAUUUCUUAUGUAAGCCUAAUUGGCUAGCUAUCUUAAAUAAAGAAAGAAUAUUUGCAUUA